AUGGAGCUUAACAGACUAGUCGAGAGUGGAGUAUUGGAUCCAGUGAAUGUUAGUGAAUGGGCUACACCCGCUGUUCCAGUCAUGAAAAAAGAUGGAUCACUCAGACUCUGUGGUGAUUUCAAAGUCACCAUUAACCUAGUCUUGACUGCUGAAAAAUAUCCACUACCCCUCAUUGACAACCUCUUUUCAGGUUUAGCUGGAGCACAACCAUUCAGUAAGAUAGACUUAUGUCAGGCCUAUCUACAGAUGCAUGUGGACCAAGAGUCACAAGAACUGUUGACCAUAGUGACUCACAAAGGACUGUACAGGUACCGGAGGCUUCCUUUUGGAAUCACCUCAGCUCCGGCCUUGUUUCAGAGAGCUAUGGACCAGAUACUGCGCGGGCUCACUUGGGUCCAAUGUUACCUCGAUGAUCAACUCAUCACCGGCAAAGACGAGCAGGAGCACCUGAGAAACCUGAAUGCUACACUACAGAGAUUGGAGGAGUACGGUCUGAGGGUCCGGAAGGACAAAUGCAAGUUUUUCUGGCCCUCUGUUGAGUACCUGGGCCACGUCAUCGGCAGUUCGGGGCUCCACAAGGUGCCAUCGAAGGUGAAGGACGUUGCGGAAGCUCCGUAUCACCCUGCAACGAACGGCCUCGCUGAAAGAAACACUCCACACGCUACAACCAACGUGGCACCCGCGUCAGCCAUGAUGAAAAGACAGCUUUGCACGCGACUCGACCUCCUGUGA